AUGCUCAUUGUUCGUGAGGAUCUUAACGAUUGGCUUCAACGUUAUCUUUUCUAUCCUGGGGGUGCCAGUGCCAUUGAUGCCAGUCACCUUUUAGACAGGCUUCAAUCUGGCCUUUGGCUUGCCCGACUCGCUUUUAAACUACACCAUAGCGUACUGUCGCAGGCAGCCACUCAGCCCCAUGCCAUCUCUUCGACUGACCAGCCUGCUCUAGCUUCUUUUGCUGAACCUGGCAGCUUGGCGGAGACUGUAACAUGUCAAGCUCUGGGAGUUUCGGAUCUUUCCGUCACCCCUCCCGAGAUGAUAAGUGCAUCUUCUGGUUUCUUAUCUUUUGGAAGACAGCGACAUCGCGCCAUGUGUGGGAGUUCUGGCAACUUAGUGUCUUCUUCGCUUGUCGCCCCGUACGACUGCAACAGUCCCUUUGGUGGUGGGGAAAGUAAAGCUCCUGUCAGCAGCGGUCUUUACAAUGGAGGCACUCGCGCAGUCAGCGCAGGUGGAAUUGGAUUUCGGCGCUAUUUACGGGGUUCGGGCUCGAGUUUGGGCCUUAAUAAUCUAACGGCCAUUUCGCUGCCUCGAUUUCCACGCUCUUUGGUUCUUCUUGCUCAAGUCUCUUUGGGUGAUUCAGAACUACGUCAUGCCCCGCCGAUUCAUAAUGUUCCAUCUGAGGAUUCUGCCUCGCUAAACGGUGACGGUGUAGGUAAGGGAGAAUGGCUGGAAUCCGUAGAAACGCCAAAUUAUUUAUGA